ACAACUAUGCGGUGGUGUUGCACGCUGUAGCAACCUUGGUUUUCGGCCCAAAUUGUUUACAUGCCAAAACGCAUCCGAUAGCGAAACCGAAGCGCGGACAAUAAAAUGACCUCAAAUUCUUCCAAUUUUCUCGUGCUAUCCAAAACGUUUACCGAAUCGCUUGAGCGUGCGUUUGCGGCGAACGACAUCGAAGUGCUGAAGGCGGAUUACGAUGCGGCCCGGGCCAGUGAUAACGACAAAAAGACGGCCCUGCAUCAGGCAUUUCGCGAUAUGCUGCUCACCAAGACGGAAGACAUUCCAGCGAUCGAGGGUUUCAUCAGCUUUGCGGUAAACUCCUGCCGGAAGGAUAUGACCGUCGCAACGAUGCCGGUCGUACUGUUGGGCGAUAUUUUCGAUGCCGUCACGCUAGACCGGGCCGAACAGAUAUUCACGUACGUCGAGAACAAUGUGGCCAUCUGGAAGGAAGACUUUUUCUUCACCGCCUGCAAACACAAUCUGCUGCGUAUGUGCAAUGAUCUGCUGCGGCGGCUUUCGCGCUCCCAGAACACGGUGUUCUGCGGCCGGAUACUGUUGUUUUUGGCAAAGUUUUUCCCGUUCUCGGAGCGCAGCGGGUUGAACAUAAUUUCGGAGUUCAAUCUCGAAAACAUCACCGAGUACGGGAUGGAUGGGAACGAGAUGAUUGUGGAGCAGCUGUCGUCCUCCGGUGGCACGGAUCCGGAAGCGGCGGACGGCGGGGAAGCGGAGGAGAACAAGCUGAAGAUCGAUUACAAUCUGUACUGCAAGUUCUGGGCGCUGCAGGACUUUUUCCGCAAUCCCAACCAGUGCUACAACAAGGUCCAGUGGAAAACGUUCGAAACGCAUGCGAAGAGUGUGCUGUCGGCGUUUAGCAGCUUCAAGCUGGAGGAACACCGUGCAACGUCCAGCACGGCCGUCUCGAAAGCGAUGGACGGAACGGCUUCCGCCAACAGUGGUGGUAUGCCAAUGGAGCAGGACGAGAUACGAGAGUCGGGCCACUUUUUCGCCAAAUUUCUCACCAACCCGAAACUGCUUUCGCUCCAGCUGUCCGAUUCCAACUUCCGGCGGUCGGUGCUGGUACAGUUUCUGAUUCUCUUCCAGUACCUCAACUCGACGGUAAAGUUCAAGGCGGAAACGCACGUCCUCACUCAGGCUCAGAGCGAUUGGCUGAAGGAAACGGAAACGCAGGUGUAUCAGCUGAUUGAGGAGUCGCCACCGAAUGGGAAAAAGUUUGCCAACACCGCGCGGCACAUGCUGUUGCGCGAGGAGCUGUGGAACAGCUGGAAGAACGAGGGUUGCAAGGAGUUUAAGCGUCCCGAAGCGGUGCUGGAGGAUACCGAUUCGGCGACAACACCGAAGACGGCUGGCAGUACAGGGUCAUCGGCGGGAGGAACACCCUCGACCGGCAGUGGUCGACCACCGGCCAAACGACCCCGCAAACCAUUGGGCGAUCUGAUCCGCGAUGCUACCAAGCAGGGCAAAUUCUACAUGGGUAACCCCGAGAUUACACGCUUGUGGAAUCUUUGCCCGGACAACCUGCAGGCAUGCAAAGGCACCGAUCGUAACUUCCUGCCAUCGCUUGAGACGUACCUGGAAAAUCCGAAGGAAAAGCAAGACCCCUCGUUCGAGUGGCGUGCUUUGCGCCUGCUGGCCCGGCAGUCACCUCACUUCUUUACGCUGUUCAACACUCCCUCGUACAAGGUUUCCGACUAUCUGGAAAGCGUGCGCAAGAAGAUCCAGAAGGAUAAGCUCGACAUCAAGCUGGAGCAUGCGAUACAGGAAGAAACGGCCAACCCAGCCAACACCGAACAACCCGAGCCAGAGGGCGAAGGGUUUGUGGGCGAAGAAGAGCAGGAGCAGAUGGACACGGAGCUGCUAAAAACGGAACAGUUAACACCGGAAGACAAAAACACACACAAAACACUUGCGGUCACGAAGGCGCAGCUAUCCGAGCUAGCGCCGAGCAUUGGGCGUGACUGGAAGAAGCUAGCCACGAAGCUCGGUUACGGCGCGGACGAGAUACAGUACUUUGAGACGGAGCAUACCACGGUGGCGGAUCAAUGUUGCCAUCUGCUGACGCUGUGGUUCGACGAUGACAUGGACGCAAGCUUAGACAAUUUGGCGUACAUACUGGAGGGCUUGGAAAUGAUACAGGCGGCCGAUGCGGUGAAGCAAAUGAUAGCGCUGCUGAGCGAGAAGGUGGAGGAGGUAUCGGAAUGAGGGAAGGAUGUCGUAAUGCGGUAAUUCCAAACGUAAGGUUUAACAACAAUAAAGAUUAAUUUGUGAACUAAA